AUGUGUGAUUACCUGAACCGAACAUUCGACGCUCGAUGGAUCGGCAGAGGUGAACCGACCGCUUGGCCACCCAGGUCACCUGAUUUAUCGGCCACGGGUUUCUUUUUGUGGGGUACCAUCAAAGAGCAUGUGUACGAGAUUUCUGUCGACAGUGGAAUGGACUUUGUUGCACGAAUCGUGGCCGCAAAAACUGUCCGUGAUAAGCCAGACGUUUUUGAAAAAUUUGGCGGUCAAUGCAACGGCGCUGUGAAUUCUAUGUUCAAAGAUACUAAUUUAGAUUAUUUUGUAUCUUUUUCAGCUCUGCUUCUUCUGUAUGAUGUUACAAAUAAAUCCAGCUUCGAUAACACGAGGGCAUGGUUGGGUGAAAUCAAUGAGUAUGCGCAAGACGAUGUAGUUAUUAUGCUGAUUGGAAACAAGGCGGAUGCCACCACUGAUCGACAAGUCAUGUACGAAGACGGCGAAAGGCUCGCCAAAGAGUAUGGAGUUGCGUUUAUGGAAACGAGUGCCAAAACUGGAAUCAACGUAGAGCUUGCUUUUAUGGCUGUAGCGAGAGAGUUGAAGCACCGCCAGAGCUACCAGACCAACCAAGAAUCCAAGUUCAACGUCAGAGAGUAUGUUAGACAAGAAAGCACGAAAAGCAGUUCUACAGGGACUUGCUGCGGAUAAAAGCUUCUCGGAGCGUCGUUUCUAUGGUUACCGAAACAAUUCCCGUGGUCUGAAGCGUGCCUGUGUCAACUCAAUCCGGUUCGGAAAGGAUGGCAACAAGAGGAAGAAAAAAAGUUGCUUUUUUGCUUUUCGUUGCGGUUUUAUCGUUUUGUCACAAAAGCACUUUUUUUUUUUUUUAUUUUCUUUGCCUUCUUUUCUUUUCUUUCUUUUUUUUUUUUUUUUUAAUAUAUCUGUGUCUUUUAUUUAUCAUUGUGGGAAAUAAAUGUAGAAUUCGAGCUUCCGUUGGCAACACGUUAAAAUCAUGCCCUAGAGAAUCAGACUUUUGUUUUUAAAGUAAUAAAAUCUCUCAAAAUCGAAGCAAUGGAAAACUGAAUCGAAUUUAUUUCUGUUUUCGCAUGUCAAAAGUGUUCAUCUAGUCUUCCGCAGUAUUAAGCAGUAUUUUUCAAACUUUUCUUCCUGACAUUCCAUAAAAGUUUGCCUCUGUAUUCUUGCUGGAAAUUAAUGCAACUUUUAUGUUUUUAUUUUUCUCUUUUCUUUUCUGAGUAAAAUAAUUUGCUGCCAAACCUGACCUCUAAGUUAUCGAAUUCUAGCAAUGCUUUCCAACAUUUUUAUAUUGACUUCAACUGAAAAUUUAUGUUGGGUGAAAUAACAUAACUAACAAUAAAAGCAAAUUUAUAAUAGAUCUAAGAGAAGUAUAUUAGCAUGAACUCUGAAAUAUAGACAAGCUUAUUCCUUUCCUGAGGCUGAAUUCAGAUAUAAAAGAUGCUAUCAUUUCCUAAAAUAAUUUGUUUUUAGUUUGCGUUCGAUGUUUACAUGUGCCUUCAUUUAUCUCAACAUUAUCUACUGUUUAAUAAUUAAUAAAAUAUUUUAAUGAUAAAAUUCCACGUUCCAUUAGGUAAUUCUAAUUCAUUAACUUGUUUCUGCCUCUUUCCCUCUCUCGUUUUCUUUUACUCUUUCGAUUUUAUGCAUUUUUUUGGUAUUAUGUCUAAGUGAUCAACUGAUUUAUAAUUUUAUUUCUGGCAUUAAUAAAAAACGUUUUAACGAAAAUUUAAAUAGCAAUAAUAUAUUUAUUUUGUAAUAUAAUUUA